UGUUUCCUCUCUUUAGUUUAUCCUGGAUAAUUCCUAAACUGCCUGUUGUGUUCACUAAUAAUUUCCUGUGUCGUGGUUCAUGUGCUUGGUGCUUCUGACGCGUGAUGUUGUCUACCUGGGUCGCUUAAUAUCACCUCCGACCCAGAUCAUUCGGAAUUUGGAAGUACUGCUUCAGAAAACGGUUGUGUUUUCUCCUAUACGCCUGCGUUUUUGUUCUGUUGAGUAUUUUGUUAAGAAGUAGAAUAGCUUUAGAAUGGCACGGGGCUCAGAACUCACCCAACCUAUCCUGAACCCAGUGGGAAUUUGCAGUAAAUAACCAUGCAAAACAAUGUGAUGCUAUGUUAUUUUGUGUACAUUUUGUUUAUCAAUUUGUAGUUAGUGUUUUUAGGUGUGUGUAUAUUUCAAACUGUUUUCUUGCGUGACAGUUUCUUCUAUCCUCCCCUCACAAGGCUUCUGGCAGGUGUUAUGAGACCUUACCUUCAUAAAACACUUUAUAGGCGUCCUUCUGUCACAUAGGAGGCAGAGCUAUCUCUAAUUCAAAACAUACGUUUUCUGUUAAUGUUAACAUUUAAAAUGUCACAGCCUUUUUGUCUAGUUGUUACAGUAAGGGUGCCUUCUGUAAUUUACAUUGUAUCUGAUGAGUAAUCGGUUAUACAGCUGGGUCACUACUACGUUGUAAGGCCUCCUAUUUUCCUAUUUUAUCUUGUGUUUCUUAUCUUACGAAAAGAUGGUCUAAUUUCAAGGGAGAAACAGAACAUUGGACCAGCCGCAUGUUGCAACUGAAGGUUUACCAGAUUUUAUAAUGGAUUCCUGGCCACUGUCGGUUGGCCUGCAAAAAUCAAAUAUUGUUGUUUCCGAGUUGCUUUACAAACGAAAUAAUCAAAAGCAGUUGCUUCUCUGGCCAAGGUUGGGUUAAGUUCUUUGCAUUUUUGAUUUAGGGUUGAAUACUUGGAACGGUUGGCUGUCUUUGGAAGGAAAAUUGAUGUCUUCUUCCUAGGCAGAUUGACUGGCUCUAGCUCUCAGCUUCAUUUUUUUUUGCCUAAAUAUCUGUGGUUAAGACGCGUAUCUUUACCAACCCCAUUUGACUGCUGAAGUCAAGUGGGUUUUUAUUAAGUGCAUUCUUUUCCAGAGCUGACAUCAUAGAAACGUCAAUCCCCCCAUUUGUUUACAGUGCAAUUAUUACACAAAGUAUGAAAAAAAAAAACCAGGGUUGCUGUAAUGGGCUUUAAAAUUAAAGAAAGAAAAGAAAUAGACAAAAAUAUGCGAUGUGUUUCUGAACAAGAAGACAGACUUUUGCUCCUCGAGAAUCCCAGAAGUACAAUACAAAAGGAAAUAAUAUGGCUGACACGGACCUGUUUAUGGAAUGCGAAGAGGAGGAACUUGAACCCUGGCAGAAGAUCAGUGACGUGAUUGAGGACUCUGUGGUGGAAGAUUACAACUCGGUGGACAAAACGGCUACAGUUUCAGUCAGCGUGCAGCCGGUGGCCGCCCCGGUGCCAACCGUUGCCCACGCGUCCAUCGGCAGCGGCCUCCCCACCACGCCCGUUAGCAGCAGUGGCACCUCCAACAGUGACAGCACGAAGAAGACGUUGGUGACUCUCUUUGCAAACAAUAGCACCGGCACGCCUCUGGUUCAGCAAGGGGGCCAGCCCCUGAUCCUCGCUCAGAACCCCACCUCCGGCCUCAGCACGGUGGUGACCCAGCCUGUUCUCCGGCCUGUGCAGGUCAUGCAGAAUGCAAACCACGUGACUAAUUCUCCCGUGACCAGCCAGCCCAUCUUCAUCACCACUCAGGGUUUCCCCGUGCGGAACGUCCGGCCUGUGCAAAACACGAUGAACCAGGUUGGGAUCGUCCUGAAUGUGCAGCAGGGUCAGACCGUACGGCCGAUUACGCUCGUCCCAGCCCCAGGCACACAGUUUGUGAAGCCAACCGUCGGCGUCCCUCAGGUUUUCUCCCAAAUGGCCCAGAUGAGGCCUGCUCCCGCCAUGCCUGUCCGACCGGCCUCCAACACGUUCACGACGGUCAUUCCGGCCACCCUGACCAUCCGGAACACGGUCCCACAGUCUCAAGCGCAGCAACCGCAAAGUAAGUCCUCCUUCGGCAUCUCCUCCUCCUCCUCCUCUUCCUCCACCACCCCAUCGCUCGUCCUGGGACAGUUCCCCGUGCAGCUGUCCCCGGGCGUCCCUCCCUCUUCCGAACAGAAACGAUCGGCUUCUCUCCUCCUUUUCCCGCCAGUGAGCAUUGCGAGUUUUGUCGCAGUGAAGAAACCCGGCAUGGCGGGCGACAACAGCAACGAGGUGGUCAAGUUGGUGAAUACCCUGAACACCGUCCCUUCGCUUGCCCAGAGCUCGGGCCCCCUGGUGGUGCCCAACAACAGCCAGGCCCAUGGUUCCCAGAGGACGGGCCUCUCGGAGUCCUCCUCGCAGAAAGUCAGCUCCUCGCCGAUCCCCGCCUUCGACCUGCAAGACAGCGGGCGGAAAUCCUGUCCUCGCUGCAACGCCCAGUUCAGGAUCACGGAAGCUUUAAGAGGCCACAUGUGUUACUGCUGCCCCGAAAUGGUGGAAUUCCUGAAGAAAGGGAAACCCCUGGAGUCCGAGCCAAAUAUCCACGCCCCCAAGCCCCCUUCCCCGGAUAAAACCGCCGCCGUGGCUUCGCCCCCCUCCUCCACCCCCAUCCCCGCCCUGUCGCCGCCAUCCAAGCUCUCCGAGCCGGGCGACGGCGCCAGCGAGGGGGUGCAGAGCAAGCUGAUCAUGUUGGUCGACGACUUCUACUACGGCAGGGACGGGGGCAAAGUCAGCCAGCUGCUCAACUUCCCCAAGGUGCCAACCUCCUUCCGAUGCCCGCACUGUACGAAGAGGCUCAAGAAUAACAUACGGUUCAUGAACCACAUGAAGCACCACGUCGAACUGGACCAGCAGAACGGAGAGGUGGACGUCCACACCAUCUGCCAGCACUGCUACCGGCAGUUCACCACGCCGUUCCAGCUCCAGUGCCACUUGGAGAACGUCCACAGUCCGUACGAAUCCACCACCAAGUGCAAGAUCUGCGAAUGGGCUUUUGAGAGCGAGCCCAUGUUCCUGCAGCACAUGAAGGACACCCACAAGCCCGGGGAGAUGCCCUAUGUCUGCCAGGUUUGCCAGUACCGUUCGUCGCUCUACUCCGAAGUGGACACCCACUUCCGGAUGGUGCAUGAGGACACCCGUCACCUCCUCUGUCCGUAUUGCCUCAAGGUCUUCAAAAACGGCACGGCGUUCCAGCAACAUUUCAUGAGGCACCAGAAAAAGAGCGUCUACCACUGCAACAAAUGCCGCCUGCAGUUCCUCUUCGCCAAGGACAAGAUCGAGCAUAAGCUGCAGCACCACAAAACCUUCCGGAAGCCCAAGCAGCUGGAAGGGCUGAAGCCGGGCACCAAGGUGACCAUCAGGGCCUCCCGAGGCCAGCCGCGGACGUUGCCCCUCUGCGCGAACGACAUGCCCCCGGGCCUCCUGCAGGACACGGCCUUGCUCUCGGCGUCUCCGGAUCCCCAGCCGAACUUCUCGUACCCGCCCUUCCAGAGGAGCAUCCAGAAGAAGGCCGUCCGGAAAAUGUCAGAGCUGCUUCUUCCCAAGUUUCAAACUCACCUUAAGGGACUUUCCCCUCUGUGUCGAUAUUUCAUCCCCCACUGGGCUGUCGCUUUGUUGGGGAGGGGUUACACACACACAAACACACACAGAGACUCUAAUUUAACUCUCCCUCCCUCUUGCAGGAGCGUCCUCGGCCGGCAGACCUGCCUAGAAUGCAGCUUCGAAAUCCCGGACUUCCCCAACCACUUCCCCACCUACGUCCACUGCUCGCUCUGCCGUUACAGCACCUGCUGCUCCCGCGCUUACGCCAACCACAUGAUCAACAACCACGUUCCUCGCAAAAGCCCGAAGUACUUGGCCUUGUUCAAAAACUACACUGCUUGUGGGGUCCGGUUGGCCUGUUCCGCUUGUCUCUUUGCUACGUCGGAGGGCGACGCCAUGGCCAAGCACCUGGUCUUCAACCCGUCGCACGAAUUCAGCAACGUCAUUCUGCGAGGUCCGGCUUGGGGCUCCCAUAUAAGGCCUGCCCAGCCGUUUGAAGGAGGCACGAAACCCUCCGUCUCCACCGCCUCGCCCAGCAAAGCCGCCACUGUGAACACGCCGCCUCCUCCUCUUCUGCCCGAGGAGGAGGGAGAGGAGAGAGUCCCGGAAGCGCCGCCGGUGGUCCCCGAGCCGACGCCCGAGGCCAGCUGCUCUCCUGCCGCGGUCCAGGAGAACGAGGGUUCCACCGCCUCGAACGUCGACAGCCGCGAAGACGAACCUUCGCCCAAGGAGGCUCCUGAGCCCGUCAGCAGGAAGGAGCAGCUCUCUGUGAAGAAGCUCCGGGUCGUCCUCUUUGCCUUGUGCUGCAACACCGAGCAGGCGGCGGAACACUUUAAGAACCCGCCCCGGCGGAUCCGUCGCUGGCUGAGGCGCUUCCAGGCCUUCCAGGAGGAGAACGUGGCUUCUCUGUCGGAGGCCAAGUACCUAAGCUUGGAAGCGGAGGAGAAGCUGGCCGAAUGGGUCCUCACGCAGCGCGAGCAGCAGCUGCCGGUCAACGAGGAGACCCUCUUCCAGAAGGCCACCAAGAUUGGCCGGUCUCUGGAGGGGGGCUUCAAGAUCUCCUACGAGUGGGCCGUCCGGUUCAUGCUGCGGCACCACCUCAGCACGCAUAGCCGCCGGGCGGUGUCUCACCCGCUCCCCAAGGACGUGGCGGAGACCUCCAGUUGUUUUAUUGAGUUCGUGCAGGGCCAGAUCCACACCCAGGACCUGCCCCUCUCCAUGAUCGCGGCCAUCGACGAGAUCUCCCUCUUCCUGGACGCUGAGGUCCUCUGCAGCGACGACCGGAAGGAGAACGCCUUGCAGACGGUGGGCACCGGGGAACCCUGGUGCGACGUGGUCCUGGCCAUCUUGGCCGACGGGAGCGUCCUGCCCACCGUGGUCUUCUACCGAGGCCGCCUGGAGCAGCCCGCCAACGUGCCGGAGACGAUCCUGCUGGAGGCGAAGGAGAACGGCCACAACGACGACGAGAUCAUGGAUGUCUGGUCGUCCAAAGUCUGGCAGAAACACAUCGAGCACCAAAACGGCAAAAGCAUGCUGGUCCUGGACUGCCAUCGGACGCACCUUUCCGAAAAGGUCCUCUCCAUGCUGAGCUCGUCCAGCACUUUGCCCGCGGUGGUGCCGUCCGGCUGCAGCUCCAAAAUCCAACCUUUGGACGUUUGCAUCAAAAGAACGGUGAAAAACUUUGUGCACAAAAAGUGGAAAGAGCAGGCCAAGGACAUGGCGGACUCCCCCUGCGACUCGGACAUCCUCCUGCAGCUCGUCCUGUGUUGGCUGGCCGAAGCCCUGGAGGUCAUCAGCGACUGCCCUGAACUGGUGCAGCAGUCGUUCCUAGUGGCCAGCGUCCUGCCCGGCCCGGACGGCACGGCCAACACGCCCAGCCGCAACGCUGACAUGCAGGAGGAGCUGAUCGCUUCGCUGGAGGAGCAGCUGAAGCUCCGCAACGAACUGCAGGACGAGGAGGGCGACCUGAACAACGACGAGGGGGGGAACCCCUCGGAGGAAUCCGCUAACCCCGAGAUCCUCCACCAGCUCUUCGAGGGGGAGAGCGAGACCGAAUCCUUCUACGGCUUCGAGGACGCAGACCUGGAGCUGAUGGAAGUGUGAACGCGGCCGAAGGAGAGGGGAAUGAGAUGAAUUCCUUCUCUCCCCCCCUUUUUUUUUCUCCUUAAAUAAACUGUUGGACGAGACCGUUUCUCCCCCCCUCCUCUUACUUCCCUGUGGAUUUUGUGGCUGCGGGAGACGCGUAGGCGAAACACGACGCAAAUUUAAGGAUAGCCAUGUCUGCUGUUGGAUUCCUUCAAAAAGAAAACGGAAAACACGUGGGGUUUUUUGCCCCUCCUCCCCUCCCUUAAAUCACUGUUGUGGCAUUUCCUGAAGAUAUAUAUUGUGGGUGGAUUUAUUAUUAUUAUUAUUAUUUGGUUUUGGUUUAUUUUUGCAUUUCCUUUACCUCACUGUAUUAUAGUUUCUGGGUUUUUAUUUUGUUGGUCUUUUUAUAUAUAUAUAUAUAUAUAUAUACUGUGCAAAACAAUUAUACCACAUUAUCAAUGUGGCUUUUUUUCGGGGUGGGCAAGGAAAAGAGAUACGGAGCUGAUGGAAGAUUUCUCUAUCUCGUUCUUUCUGCAGAUUAUUUUUAUUUUUCCCUACAACCCUUGGACACGGAAACGUAGAUUUCCGGGGUAAUUUUAUUUUAUUUUUUUAGCUACAAAUGAUUUUUUUUUUUUUUUUUUGGAACCUAGAGUUGCCCACAAGAAUAAUUGGGAGAUGGUUUUACGGAAAGGAGACCAGAACGGCGAUUCAAUGCAGGCAUUAUUGUUCAGGAAGAGGCAAAAAUCUCUUAACGUUUUUUGUACGAAACCUGGAUGUGGACGUUAAAACGGAAACAAAAAUCUACUUGUAGGGGAAAAAAACCAACAACACACCCAGAUUUCAAAGUUCCCAGUGGGGGAAACGUUUUAUCUGAGUUGCUACCGAGAGAGCGCAGUGGGGGAGGCAGUUCGUACCUCCACUGCCGACCCCCCUUUCUACAGCGGCCGAUCGCCAAGGGAUUCUCUGAACGGAACCCCCCCUCCCUCCUCCCCCCUUGACAUCGCCUUUUAAAAAAAAACUCUGCAAGCUACUGACGCCUUUCGCCGAGACACACUACGUUCCCUGACUUAAGUGCUGCAAUCAACCCCAAACUCCGACGUGCACAAAAACGAGGGAAAUUUCUUUGUUUUAUUUUACACUGCCAGCAUAAAAAGAAAAAAAAAAUCCAGAGACAUUUAAAGAAAGAAAGAUGUUUUUUCUACUGUUUGCAUGUUUGAGAGUUUUUUAAAUUGUAACGUAUUAUGGUCUAAAUGACAAAAAACAUUUUGACACAUAGAAAAACAACAACAACAACCCACCCACCUGCCCGCUGUCUCACCCUGUACAUCCUUUUCUGUUUUUACCUUUUGAGGUUGGGGUGGGGUGGGGGGAAUUUAAAUCCUCCCUUAUCUUUCCCCUUCUCUUCCCCCCCACUCCUCCCAAGUCCCCCCCCCCGAGGCCUAACUCAAGGGAAGCAGGAAAUAGGGUGGUUUGACCUGUAAAUGGUUCAUCUUUAAAAUGUACAUAUGUGGAACAUUUAAUAAAACCAGGGAAAUGGA